AUGGACUCCAUAGAUUCCUACAAGCAGCUCACCCAAGCCUUUGACUCUCAUUUCAUUACGAACAGCAGGGUUCCUCGGCCUCUAAGUUCGUUGUUGUCAUUAUCCAUGCGUAAGGGAGAAACUCUAAAAGCAUACUCAGACAGAUAUUGGGAAAUUUACAAUAAGAUGGACGGCUACUUUGACGACGUCACCAUCAGCACUUUCAAAAGCGGUCUCCCAACUAAGCACGGCUUAAGAAAAUCCUUGACUGGCAAGCCUGUCACCAGCAUUCGUCAACUUAUGGACCGGAUUGACAAAUACAAAAGAGUGGAAGAGGACCAACUGCAAGAGAAAGGGAAGGAAAAGAUCAUCCCUCAAAAGAGGAAUGAUUUCAGGUCGGAACGAUACAACAAUAACCAUCCGAUGAGAGAUUUCGUAGGGCACUCAGGAUCAACCAACACGCAGACGGUUAACGCUGUAUUCAGAGAACCGGUACACCAAGUUUUAGAGAAAGUCAAGAAUGAGCCAUUUUUCAAAUGGCCGAAUAAGAUGGCUGGAGACUCCACAAAGUGCAACCUGUAUUGUUAG